GAUUGUAUGCAUAUCAAGAAUGAAUGAAGUAUUUUGGGAUGAGAGACAGACAUGGCUGCUACUGCUGCUACAUCCUUAUCUCUCUCCUUUCUUCCUAAGCCUAACUCAUCUCUUUUCUUUUCCAAAAAUGUCUCCCACAUUUCACUACUUAGAAAAUUCCACCCUCACAAGAUUCACAAUCUACCAUUAAUUUCCUCCACAAACAAUAUCCAAAAUUCUUGGAAAAUUUCCUCUAUUUCUGAGAAUUUCUUGCUAUCAGAAGCAAACCCACCAGCUGAACAAAUAGUAUCUACAGCUGAAACUACAGACCAAAUAGUUUCUUCUACCAGUGAUGAUGGAGUGUCAACCAUCAUAUCAGCUCUCCUUUUCGUUGCCUUCGUUGGCUUAUCCAUUCUCACUAUUGGGGUUAUAUACAUAGCCGUAACAGAUUUCUUGACGAAAAGGGAGAAGGAGAAGUUUGAGAAAGAAGAGGCAGCUAAGAGAAAGAAGAGUAGUGGUCGCAAGGGCAAAAUUGUAGCUAGAUCAGCUAGAGCUGGACCUAAAGGCUUUGGUCAAAAGUUUGAAGAACCUGAUGAUAAUGACGACUAAUAUUAUUUACUUUUGUCAUACAAGUUGGAAGGCCCUCUAUUCUCAAGUCCGAAGAAGCUAAACAUCCGAAAAGAACAGUUCCCUUUCACAUUAAGUAUCAAACAAAUAGACAAAUAACAAGGUAGUUGAGCGUUUUGACAAUUUUCCUUUAUUCAUUCGGCAGGCAUUUUCUGUUUAGCUGUGUCUAUGUCCAUUUCCGUAAUAUGGCCACUCCCAAUCUCAUUCUGAUUUAUCCAUUUUGAGAAAGUUGAAUGAAGCAUUUGUUGCUAAGACUCCAAAUGUUGCCCUAAAUAGUGUAAAGUUGUACUAAAAUAAUGUACCUCUUGGAGAUCUUUCCUUUCAAAUUUUGUUGAUUGUAGCUCAAAUAAAUUGGAAGCUUGAAAUUGUGUCCUGUUGGACUCAAAAGUGGAAGUAGAGUUUUUAAUGAGCCUUGCUUGAGAAAUGACGACAAAUAACAAGAUCUCAUUUAAGCAGUUGUUCAUAUGAGGUGAUUUAUGUUAUCCGUUUUUUACUUCAUAGUCUGCAUUUCUUAUUGUUCAUAUGAGGUGAUUUAUGUGGUUCUUUUGGAGACUGAUCUUUUUCUA